AGUCGCUGACCGUAUUUCGCGGCGGAUUUCCCUUUUCGCUACACAUAUAUGUGCGUGCCUGUACGCUCUCACAAAGCACCUAGAUACUUAUAUGCAUACAAAUAGGCAUUCACUUGUGUGCUUCUUUUCCUAUUGCAUCUCGCUCCACGCAGCAUGACAGCGCCCCACUUCACUGGGUCGAAAGCGGAGAGCGGCGAGUCACCGUCCCCGGCGGUGGGGUCGGUGGAGGAAAGGGCAUCUCCGCCUCCUCCACGGACGGCGGCAGAUGGCGGCAACGUGGGCGAGACAACGGACGACGUUGUCGUGUACCACUACGACGAUGACGGCGACGAUGAUCCGCCGGCCCCCAGUGGAUGGGGGGCGUUAGCGAACAGAAAUGUAUCCCGCGUACUUGUGUUUUGCUUCCUCGACGGGGCCUCGCACAGCAUCUGGCGGCAGGACCCUUUCCAGGUGCUGGUGAAGCAGCUUGGCGGUGAUGAAGCCGUGGGGUGGAUGGCCGGCUUCGCUGGUAUUACGCAGAUGUUGGCGGCUGUCGUGGCGGGCUACAUCGGCAACACCGUGAAGCACGAGACGGUUCUUCGCUUUGGGUCCAUUGUCGGCUUUAUCACGAUCGCCAUCGCCAUGCUGGCCGCCGCCAACCUCAAUCUGAUCCUGUUUUACAUCUCGCAGGCGCUCUGCGGCGUCUACGCGGGCAUCUCGGCCACCACGAUGGAGGCCCUCUUCGCCGAUAGCGUCGCCACCGGCCGCCGUGCGUUCGUGUACAACCUGAAAUGGAUGGACCAGGUUCUGUCCGGCUGCGUCGGCCUCAUCAUCUCCAUCGCCGUUCUCUUCCACCUCGGCAACAAGUGGGAGGCGUCGGCGCUGGUGAAGACGAUGUUCGUGGGCAUGUGCCUCCACCCAGUUGCCAUGGCGAUGCUGUGGACGUUGCGGGACAAGUACGCGCUGAAGGACGACGAGGAAGCAAACUACGGCGACACCGAUGCCGGGAAGACGGCUGUCGUUCUCACGGAGCUGGAAAGCUGCGGCGGCGCGGAGAUGACCGGCGGUGACCGGCGGGUGCACAAGUCCGCCUUACAGGUGGCGCUGAUGCACAACGGCCUGCACGACGAUGACGACGCCGAGGAAGAGGAGGCGGAGGCGGAGGUGAACCGCCCAGGCACCGCUGCGGCCCGCACGGCGGCAACGGAAGACACGCCGUGGAGCAGCGGGAUGGGCCGUCCCUUGGCCAUGCGGCGCAGCGGACAGACAGAGGAAGAGGACGGCAGCGGCAGGCGCGUGCAUUGGAGCCCGGCGCCGCCCGCCGUGACUAGCUCCCCCGCACCCGGCAGCCCGCCCUCCUCCCCCUCCGCCGCCGCCGCCGCCGGCACCUCUCCGGCAUCCGGUGCCGCGACUCCGGGCGGCCGACUGCCACGCAGCACGCGCCACAAGGCGGUCCAGACGCGGCUUGAGGAGGAGUGCGCGGCUGCCAAGCAUGCCUUCCGCACCAACUUACUCGCCGCCCGCGGCAACUACGUUAAGCAACUGGGCUACACGGUCUCCUACUUCACCAGUGUCAUCGUCACGUGGGAGGCGGUGCCGUACCUCGUGUGCCUCGUCGACUUCCUGGUCGCCUUCGGGUCCGGGAUGACGAUGCGUUACAUGUCGCUCUUCUUUGUAGAGGACUACAAGACCUCGCCCGUCACGCUACUCACCGCCUCGCUGCUGAUCUCUCCCUUGACCGCCCUCAUAUCCUUCUUGGUGCAACGCGGCGGCGAUUUCUACGUAGGACGGCUGCCGUCGACCAUCAUUGUGCGUCUCAUCGGCACGACGUUGCUGCUGCUCAUGGGCACCACCACCCUGCCGCUGAACAUCAUGCUACCCAUUUACAUCUUCCGUAACGCGCUCAUGAACUCCACGGCGGGCGUGACGCGCAGUGUGAUUAUGGACUGCGUCCGCAAAGAAAACCGGGCGAAGUGGUCCGCCUUUGAGAGCUUUUCCUCCUUCACGUGGUCUGGCAGCGCGGUCUUUGGUGGCUACAUCGCGGCCGCCCACGGCUACAAAGGCACCUUUGUCAUUACGGCGCUGUUCCACUACUGCUCCCUGGCGGUGAUGGUGCCCGGCGCGAUUGGCGCGCUGCCGGUGGAGAAGGAACUGAUUCGGACCAACCGCACCAAACGGCACGCGUCGUGCUUGACGGUGACGGUGGCGGUGUGCGUCAUCUUGGCCAUUGCGUCCUGCUUCUACGCGUGGUUCAGCAGCGAGGUGGCAAAGAGGGGUUGGUAG